UCCAUACGAUUCACCAACAUGGAACACAGAAACCAUACAAGUGUUUCAGAUUUCCUUCUUCUGGGUCUCACCGAGGAUCCAGAAAUGCAGCCUCUCUUCUUUACCCUGUUUCUGUUCGUGUACCUCCUCAUUCUCUUGGGCAAUCUACUCAUUGUUCUGGCUGUCAGCUCUGAUUCCCACCUCCACACACCCAUGUAUUUCUUUCUUUCUAAUCUCUCCUUCACUGACAUCUGUUUCAGCACAACCAUAAUCCCAAAGAUGCUGGCAAACAUCAAAGCUCAGAAUCAACGCAUCACAUACACAGGAUGUCUCACACAGGUCUGCUCUUUCCUGGUUUUUGCUGGUUUGGAAAAUUUUCUCCUUACAGUAAUGGCCUAUGACCGCUAUGUGGCUAUCUGUCAUCCACUGAGGUACACUAUUAUCAUGAGCCCUACCCUCUGUGGCUCGCUCUCCCUACUCUCCUUGUUCAUGAGCCUUAUGAAUGCACUACUUCAGAGUCUGAUGGUCUUGCGCCUGUCCUUCUGCACAGACUUGGAAAUCCCUAACUUCUUCUGUGAACUUGCUUUAGUUCUCAAACUUGCCUGUUCUGAUACCCUCAUCAAUUAUAUCCUGGCAUAUUUGGUGGCUACUGUAUUUUUUGUUGUUCCUCUCUCAGGAAUCAUUUUUUCUUACACUCGGAUUGUUAACGCUGUUUUGAAAAUUCCGUCAGCCAGUGGUAUGUAUAAAGUGUUUUCCACAUGUGGCUCUCACCUGUCCAUUGUAUCCUUAUUUUAUGGGACAGGCUUUGGUGUGUACAUCAGUUCUGCAUUUGCACACUCACCCAGGAAGAUCGCAGUAGCUUCCUUGAUGUACAGUGUGGUUCCUCAAAUAAUGAACCCUUUUAUCUACAGCCUAAGGAACAGGGACAUGAAGGAAGCCCUGAGGAAAGUCAUCAGUAAGAUAAGGUCAGUAGGAUAA